GACUUUGAACCUUUUCUUUUGACUCUUGAGUAAAUAAAUAAAUAUAAUAAUAAAAUUAAUUUUAUUGUACGUUUCUAUUCCUUUUCAAAAAGGAACAGUUAUUUAAAUUAAAUUAUUAUAGAAAUUUCCCAAAGUAUACAUUUACCUCAAUAUAUUUGAGAAAAGAGUAGGCAAUGUGCCCGGCAUAACAAGUUUUUCAAUUUAACCUCUUGCAAGUUCACGUGUAAUAAAAUAUUAAAUAAAUAAAGAAAAAUGCAUGAAAGUGAAAAUACUGUAACAAACUCUAAGUUCAAGGAAGGCGUUAAUCGUAAUGCUCGUCUUAUUGUCCGAAACAUAUCUUUCAAAGCAACAGAAGAUUCUCUGAGAGAGCAUUUUUCACAGUAUGGUGAUGUUGAAGAAGUGAAAUUAUUAAAAAAACCCGAUGGAAGGCUAGUAGGAUGUGGUUUUGUGCAUUUCACUCAUGUCCCAGUAGCAAAUAAAGCUAUAGCUGCUACUAAUAAAAAACCUUUUUUAGGAAGACCUAUUUAUGUAGCAUGGGCAGUAGCAAAAGAUAAGUAUGUUGCCAACAGCAAUAACAUUGGUCAAAAACAAAGAAACAUCAGUAUUUCUUCGAAUGAGGAUAAAUCUGAAAAAAAAGAUGAAGAUAACAAGGAUACUAAUAAAAAGGAGGAUAAAAAUAAAGUUAGAAUUAAUCGUAAUGCAAGAUUAAUUGUGCGAAAUAUAUCAUUUAAGGCCACUGAAGAGUCAUUGAAAGAGCAUUUUGAUCCCUAUGGCAUUGUGCAAGAGGUUAAAGUGCUGAAGAAGCCUGAUGGAAAACUGAUUGGAUGUGCAUUUGUACAUUUUAAAAAUGUACCAAUGGCUAAGAAAGCCCUUUUAAACACUAAUAUGAAGCCAUUUUUGGGUAGGCCAAUAUCUGUUGAUUGGGCAGUUCCAAAAGACAAGUACAUGCAACAUGUUGUUAACAGUCAAAUGGAAAUGGAGGAGAAAGUCAAAAAAGAGGACUCUGACAGUGAAGAUGAUGACAAAACACCAAUUAAUAUAUCCACCGAAGAAGUUAAGGAUGAAGUUAAAAGUGAAUCAGAAUGCAGUGAUGAAGCCUCGGAUGAGAAUGAAGAAAAGAGCUCUGAUGAUGAACCCAGUGAAGAAGAUGAAAGUGAUGAUGAAGAUGAAGAAGAAGGCAGUGAUAAUGAAGUGGAAGAUGAUGACAAAAGUGUUACUAGUACACAGACUGAUAGGCAACGUAUUAAACUGAACGACGCUGAAGAUGGUUGUACGGUGUUUAUGACGAAUGUGCCCUUCAGCGUGGAUGACGACCAGCUCCGGACCUUCGCGGAACAAACUGGUCCCGUGAAAUACGCGCUUGUGUGUGUUGAUAAGAUGACUGAACACUCGAAGGGAUCGGCUUUUGUUAAGUUUGUGAAUAAAGACGAUACGGACAGAUUCUUGUCGCUACCACCGGAACAGCUCCGUUUGGAAGGUCAAGUGCUGGUGGUGAAACCGGCGCUCAAGAGAGAGAAUGUUGUUAAGGGCAGCAAAAAACAGCCAAAGGAUAAUCGGAAUUUGUACCUCGUUAAGGAAGGAGUGAUAGUGGCGGGGACUCAAGCCGCGGUGGGCGUGUCCGCCUCCGACAUGAGCAAGCGGCUCGCACUGGAGCGUAGCAAGACGCAGAUGUUGAAGAAUCUAAACAGGUUCGUGUCGCGGUACCGGCUCGUGGUGUCCAACUUGCCGCACAACUACGAUGAUGCGGCGCUGCGACGCGUGUGCGUGCGAGGUGCGGGCUCGCGCUGCGUCAUCACUGAGGCACGAGUCAUGCGGGACUUGCGAGCACCCAUCUCCCGCGAUGGAAAACAUCCGUCUAAGGGGUACGGAUUCGUGAUGUUCACGCGACACGAAGACGCGCUCGCCUGUUUGAGGAAACUGAACAACAACCCGGAAAUCUUUGAUAAGAACAACAGACCGAUCGUGUCAUUUUCGAUAGAAGACAGAGCAGCACUCAACGCUAGGAAGAAGAGAUUAGAGAAAUCAAUAGCGAAAAAUCCGUUGACACAACAGAACAAUGACAACGCAGAGGAAAACAAGAGAAAUAAGAAUCGAAAGCGGAAAUGGCCUUUCGUGCCGGAUGAGAGUUACCUCAAAAAGGGAAGAUUCGAGAAGAAAAACAACGCUAAAACUAAUAAUUAUGAAGUUGGGAAAUUUGUGAAGAAACCAAAAGUGGAUGAAGUCGAUCAAUACACAGGACUCACAGCAAAGGUCGGAACGCAACAUAAAAUGAGAAAUAGUCACAAACUGAAAACGCAAGCGGACGUCCAUAGACAAAAUGUUAAGCUAGAAAAGAAGAAGAGUAAGCACGCCAUGCGGCUCAAAAUGGCGGCACGAGAGCGUAUAAAGUUGCCAAAACAGAAAAUUAACAAAAAUAAAAGUGGCAAAAGAAAUAAGAAGAAGAAUUUUAAUGAUGAUGUAAUGUAAAUAAUUAAAAAAUGUGUUGGAUUAAAAUAUAUUGUUAAUUUUAUAAA